CCAUGAUAUAUACAAUUACUCAGUCCUCGUUGACGUCUCUUGCUUGUACAAUGUUUUUCGUCUGCUAGUGCUAGCUAGGUAAUAAAUACGAUAUUAUCUUCGCUGUGUGUUACCUUAUCAAAAUGUCUGCAAAGAACCAGCGUGCGAACGAAAACAUUGCUGAGGGAGAGUCUACGCUGAAGGAGGAAUUAAACAAAAAGAUCAAGGAACAGAAAAUUGUGUUUGAUGAGCUCUCCAAUCUGAAGAAAAACAGGAGGGUCUAUGUUCAACAGCCCAACAGUAACAUAUUCUUCUUGGCAGACAGAGGGCAGACUCUUGCUUCAUGCAAAAAGGAACUCGACAGCAUGAAGAAGGAUAUGUAGAAUCUACUCAAUCCGGGACGGAACUACAAAUAAGGCCUUACUAGCUAUAAAUAUGUGUGGUAUUUGCUGUGUACUGAGCUUGUCCC